AGCGACAACAUGACAAGUUUUCCAAGGCACGAAAUUUUGCUGUAUCUUCAAUGCCUCUUCUCUUCGCUAUUUUCUCUGGGCGUGCGCCUCACCCCAUUCUCGCGCUUAUCCGAGACAAACACACACACAUCGUUCGACAAGACCUUGAUCCCAACACGGCACUCACUCACACACACAUCAGUCACUGCACUCGUCAUGGAGCAGGACUUGACGGAUGAUGGCAGCACUGGCCCCACGAGCACCAGCUCCUCCCAAAGCAACGUGCUACAAAUGCUCCCGCAACUGCAAACAACAACAGCCGCCGAAAGCGACAGCAACAAACAGACAAGCAACGACAACGAUGUAUCCAACACCACCGAUCCAGCCACGAGCACAUCAACUCGUAUGCAUGACCAGCAGCAAGAGCAGCCACCAAACCCGUCAUCAUCGCUGGCAUCAGCGCCCACAUCGACAAGCGCGUCAAUGGCCAUGCUGGCCAACUUGAUACCGCCACACUCUGACGUGCAGCAGCUGCUUGCCAGCCUCAGCUCAACCCCGCGCAUGCAGUUCUCUGGCCAGGAUACCCAGCAAACCGCAGUCACCAUUCCGGCAGCGCACAUGCUGCCGUUCCUGUCCAUUGGGCCUUAUCCAGCGCACACGGCAACGCCCUCCAUGCAUGGGCUGCAAGCACAACAGCCACAGCAACCAGCACAACAGCAGCUUCUUGAAGAUGACCGGCAGUCCCAGAAGCAGGCACAGCAGCAGCAGCCCUCGCCAUUGCCCCAGUUUCAGUCGCCCCACCAACGACAACAACAACAACAACAACAACAACAACAACAACAACAACAACAACAACGGCAGCAGCAACAACAUCCUUCGUUAUCGCAACUGCCAUCCAUGCUGCUCCAACACACCCCGUCAUCGUCAGCAACAGCAACGUCCACAGCAUCACCUGCCGUCCCGGUGUCCAUCACUGACGACCGUGUUUCUGCGCCAGCAACGUCCUACGCAGACGGCAGCGAACAGCAGCGGGUGCCCACCUCCGCCGCACCAACGUCAGCAUCUGUGGCGUCCAGUGUGAGCAGCUUGGAUGCUGCGAAUUCGCUCGCUGCCCUGGCUGCGGCUGUGCAGCGGCAGCACCCAGCACAGGAGUACCAGCAGCAGCAGCAGCAGCAGCAGCGGCAACGGCUAGGGAACAGCGCAUUGUCAGCGGCGGCUGUUGGCGCUCACCCCCAUGCCGCAACAACAACCCAGAGCAUCUCCAGCACCACUCCCCAGGUUGCAGCCUUGCAGCAGCAGAUCAUGAUGGGGUCCCUUGCGUCUGGGCAGACCCCGGCCACGGCAGGCCUGGUGCCCCAGCAGCGGCAGCCGUCAACAUCCGGCGCGGACACGGCUGCCUUCCCCGCCGCCACGUCGCAGUCAUCCAGCAGCACAGCAGCGCCAAUGCCUGCAGGCACGACUGUGGCCAGUAGCACCACGUCAGUCGCGUCCAUGGCAGCUGUUCUUUCGUCCGGUAGCGCGUUGAAGAGGAAGGGUGGCCACAGUCGCACUGCAUCACAGGGACAAGGGUUUGAGCCACAGGGUCUGCUUCCGUCCUCGCUACGCCACCCACAGCACCAACAGCAGCAGCAAGGCCAGCGGCAGCGCGAUGGCAGUGCUGAAAGCAACGCCAGCAGUGGUCAGCAACAGCACCAGCAACCACAGCAAGACAACCAGGCACUCCUCAACUCGCAGCUUGCGCACAGCAUACACCUGCAGCACAUGCUUGGCCUCUCCCCUGCACCGCGGGGGGCCACCCGCUACCUCCAGUCUGUCACCAUCCCCGAGAACGUGCUUGUCACGCGUGCCUUUGCGGUUGUACUAACCCUCUCGCCGGCCUUCCCUUCGAAACCAAAGCUUGUUGGUUUUACCACGAGCGGUAACAUGUUUGCGCUCCCGAGCGAAGCGGACGCAGCCAUGUUCUUUGACCUCGAGGGCCACGACGAAGGUCUCAUCAUCCAGGUUGGCUUUUAUCACCGCAGCACCUCCUUUGGCCGCGUGCGCCUUUCAGGCAACUCGAUUGCAAACGUGCGCAUCACCAACGCCAAGUUUGGCGGGGGACGCAUGCAACCUGCCAGCAUCAAGGCCAUGAUGGCCGUGGACGCCACGCUGGGCAUGCGCAAGAGCAUCAGCUGCACCGCCAAGGUCACUGUCAAGCACUGCACACGCGGUACACAGGGUGACCGACACCUGAUGCGGGUGAUUGGCGAGGAAACAUUCAACCACCCCAUGCACAUCAUCUUCCACGGCAAGAACUGGAAGAGGUCGAAGGACGAACCCAACCCGCCAAAGCGCGCGCACAUGUCGGAUGCAAACAUGGGGCUCUCCGUUCCAGCUGUCAGCAACGGCUCGCUCGUGCUGCCUGCACCCCAACCGCACACAGGCGCAGGCACAGGCGCAGGCACAGCUACAGCCACAUCAGAGCAUGGGGCACCAGGGCAAGUGUCACCAGGACAGGUAACGGCAGCGCGAGCGCCUACGGUGGGGCCUGGAGUCACAACAAUGGCGCCAAUGGAUGGUCUGACGGCACACACGACGGGCAAGAACGGUAGCGAGGGAGCAAGCCAGGCUACAAGCGGACGGGGCAAGCAAGUGGAGUAAUGUAAACAACAUAUGUGUGCGUGUGUGUGUGUGUGUGUGUGUGUGUGUGUGUGUGUGUGUGUGUGUGUGUGUGUGUGUGUGUGUGUGUGUGUGUCUGUGCUCUCGCGCGUGUGCCUCAUCCACGCUGUGGAUAAUUUUAUGUGUAUUUGAAUCAAUCCUGAGUGAGUGUUCAACUGAAUUGUUGAAUUCUGGCCUUGUCUGCUUCAUUGGUUGGUGUGUUUUGCGCCCGCCCCCUUCCAUGGAGGAGAGCAAACAACUUGCCGGAAGUGCCUUCCGCAAUACAAACAAGCAAACGGAUA